AUGGAAGAGCUGAAGGUCUUGUCUGACACUUACAGCGCUGAGAAAGUGGAAGUGCAUCGCCUCAUCAGGGACCGUUUGGAGGGAGCCAUUCGCCUCCAAGAGCAGGACCUGGAGAAGUCAAGACUGGUCCUGCACACCUAUGAGGCCCUGGGAGAAGACUUUGAGAGCCUGGUAAAGGAGUACACACAGCUCAGACUGGCAGCCGACAACAAGCGCUGGGCCCUCCAGGAGCUAAGCAAGGCCCACCGCUGAGCUGAAUGGAGGCAGAACCAGGAAGCGUGAAUUCUCCAUGACCACCUUCUCUUCUUGCUCAGUGGACCACCUCCACCACAAGGGAAUAUGGGGACACUUGCUUAAAACACUGCAAUCUUCACAACAGCCUUCUGGUUUCUCUUUCUUGUUUACAAUGACAACAAGAAGAGACCUUCUGGGUCUCUUCUGGAAAUGUAGCUAUCAGAUGUAUAAAAUUCCGUACAUAUCUGUUUUGUAAUAAUUUCCUGAAUAAAGUUGUAGUAUUGUAC